UUGCUCAAAAAUGGAGGAAACUGAGAAAAAGGGUCCUAGGAAUGGAAAUCUUGUGUUUGCAAUCAAUGGAGAGAAGUUUGAGCUGACAAAUAUCGACCCUUCAACUACUUUGCUUGAGUUCUUGCGCUCUCAUACUCGUUUCAAGAGUCCAAAGCUUGGCUGUGGUGAAGGUGGUUGUGGUGCUUGUGUUGUAUUGUUGUCAAAGCAUGACCCUAUUCUUGAUCAAGUCGAGGAUUUUACUGUAAGUUCAUGUCUUACACUUCUUUGCAGUCUAAAUGGCUGCUCAAUCACUACAAGUGAAGGACUAGGAAAUAGUAAAGAUGGUUUCCAUCCAAUUCAUGAAAGGUUUGCUGGCUUCCACGCAUCUCAGUGUGGUUUUUGCACUCCUGGAAUGUGCAUGUCACUUUUCUCAGCACUCACCAAUGCUGAAAAAACACAUGGGCCCGAACCUCUAACAGGAUUCUCCAAGCUUACUGUUUCUGAAGCUGAAAGGGCUAUAGCUGGAAAUCUUUGUCGCUGUACUGGUUAUAGACCCAUAGCUGAUGCCUGCAAAAGUUUUGCUGCAGAUGUUGAUUUGGAGGAUUUGGGAAUCAAUUCUUUUUGGAGAAAAGGAGAGCCAAAGGAGGUUAAAUUGAAGAGAUUGCCUUCAUAUUAUCCGAAAGAUAGGGUUACUAAAUUUCCAGAGUUUUUGAAAGGUAGGUCCACGUUAAAAAUGAAGAUAAAUUUAGAAAACUUUUCUUGGUACAUUCCUACAAAUCUUGAGGAGCUUAGAAGCUUGUUCAACUCCAAUGUUGCUGAUGAUGUGCAGAUUAAGCUAGUAGUUGGCAGCACUGGGAUGGGUUACUACAAGGAACUAGAGCACUAUGACAGAUACAUUGAUCUGAGAUAUGUACCUGAGCUUUCGAUGAUUAGAAGAAAUGAGAAGGAGAUUAUCAUUGGGGCUGCUGUGACAAUUUCUAGAGUUAUUGUAUUUCUGAAGGAAAAUGAUACAGGAAAUUCUUCUUCUGAUGGCAAGCAAGUCUUUCUAAAAAUUGCCAAUCACAUGGAGAAAAUUGCCUCAGGAUUCAUUAGGAACUCAGGAAGUAUUGGGGGGAACUUGGUGAUGGCACAAAGGAAACAUUUUCCUUCAGAUAUAACUACUAUUCUUAUUGCUGUUAGUUCAACUGUUAGUAUAAUGACUGGUCAUAAGCAUGAAACUCUCACACUGGAAGAAUUCUUGGCAAGACCACCAAUACACACGAGAAGUGUGCUUCUCAGUAUCCAGGUACCAUUAUUGGAUCGAAAAAUAAAUGGUAACGGUGGAUCUGGUUCCAAAUUGGCUUUUGAGACCUAUCGUGCUUCACCAAGACCCCUCGGAAAUGCUUUGCCUUAUUUGAAUGCUGCUUUCCUGGUUAAUGUGUCUCAUGCAAAUGGAGUUAUCGUAAAUGAUAUCCGUCUGGUUUUUGGUGCUUAUGGGACAAAACAUUCAAUACGAGCAAGGAAGGUUGAAGAUUACCUUUCAGGAAAAAGGCUAAGUGCUAAUGUUCUUUAUGAAGCAGUAAAAUUAGUCAAAGGAGCUGUAAUACCUGAAUUUGGCACUUCAUAUGCUGCUUAUCGGAGUAGUUUGGCUGUUAGUUUCCUUUUUCAGUUUCUUUCCCCAUUUGUCAAUUUUGGUUCUGCUAUUUGUGGUGGUUUAUCUGAUGAACUUGUCGGCCAUCUGCCAAAGGAUUCUUCCACAAACUGUAAUGAAAUUUCUACUGGUCAAUUGGUGAAUUCAGCAGUGUUGUCAUCUGCAAAGCAGGAGGUGCAAUCCGGUAGAGAAUACUAUCCAGUCGGAGAACCAACGACUAAGUCUGGUUCUGCCAUUCAAGCUUCAGGGGAAGCAGUGUAUGUUGAUGACAUUCCUUCACCUCCAAACUGUCUGCAUGGAGCAUUUAUCUAUAGUACAAAACCAUUAGCACACGUAAGAGGUGUUGAAAUAAAGUCAUACACUCAACUUAAUGGAGUUGCUGCUGUUAUAUCAUACAAAGAUAUUCCAGAAGGAGGGGAAAAUGUCGGAUCUAAGACAAUAUUUGGUGUUGAACCUUUGUUUGCUGAUGAUCUAACCAGAUGUGCAGGCGAGCCGAUUGCAUUGGUGGUAGCAGAAACACAAAAGUCUGCCAAUAUUGCAGCCAACUCAGCUGUCAUCAACUAUGACACAGAGAAUUUGGAUCCACCAAUUUUAACUGUUGAAGAAGCUGUUAAGAGGUCAAGUUUUUUUGAGGUCCCUCCUUUCCUGUACCCAGAAAAGGUUGGUGAUUUCUCAAAAGGAAUGGCUGAAGCUGAUCACAAAAUCCUCUGUUCUGAGAUCAAACUUGGAUCACAAAACCAUUUUUAUAUGGAGACACAAACGGCUCUAGCAGUCCCAGAUGAAGACAAUUGUAUGGUGGUUUAUAGUUCAAUUCAGGUUCCAGAGUAUGCUCAGAUUGUGAUCGCAAAAUGUCUUGGUCUUCCACAGCAUAAUGUUCGUGUAAUUACAAGAAGGGUUGGUGGAGGCUUUGGUGGCAAGGCAAUAAGAGCAAUGCCUGUUGCUACAGCAUGUGCACUUGCAGCACAUAAAUUACGCCGCCCAGUGAGGACAUAUCUCAAUCGCAAAACUGACAUGAUAAUAACUGGAGGAAGACAUCCCAUGAAAAUAACCUAUAGUGUUGGAUUCAAAUCAAAUGGAAAGGUCACAGCCUUGCACCUUGACAUACUAAUUGAUGCAGGGAUAGGGGCGGAUAUAAGCCCUGUGAUGCCAUUAAACGUGCUUGGUUCCCUUAAAAAGUAUAAUUGGGGUGCAUUGUCUUUUGACAUAAAAGUUUGCAAGACUAACCAUUCUAGCAAAACAGCAAUGAGAGGCCCUGGGGAGGUGCAAGGAUCUUUUAUUGCUGAAACUAUAGUAGAAAAUGUUGCAUCCAUACUCUUAAUGGAGGUAGAUUCUGUUAGGAAUAUAAAUCUUCACACAUUUGAAAGCCUUAAUGUGUUCUAUGGGGGAUCAGCAGGUGAAGCGCCAGAGUAUACUUUGGGUGAAAUAUGGGAUAAAUUGGGUGCAUCUUCAUGUAUGGUCCAGAGAAUAAAAACGAUAGAGCAAUUUAAUCAGCGCAACAGGUGGCAUAAAAGAGGUAUUUCACGGGUUCCAAUUGUUCAUCAACUUAUAGUAAGACCAACCCCAGGCAGAGUUAGCAUACUUUGGGAUGGAUCUAUUGUUGUAGAAGUUGGAGGAAUUGAGUUGGGACAGGGGCUCUGGACUAAGGUGAAACAGAUGACUGCAUAUGCUCUCAGUUCAAUUGGAUGUGAUGGAACUGAAAACCUUUUGGAAAAAGUACGAGUUAUACAGUCAGACAGCUUAAGCUUAGUACAAGGAGGUUUCACUUCUGGAAGCACAACGUCUGAAUCAAGCUGUGAAGCUGUCAGAUUAUGCUGCAACAUCUUAGUUGAAAGACUAGGCCCGCUCAAAAGUAAGUUGCAGGAGCAAAUGGGUGCAGUUAACUGGAAUGCCCUGAUACUUCAGGCACAUUUUGAAGCUGUGAACUUGGCAGUGAAUUCUUAUUAUGUUCCUGAUUUGAAUUCCAUGCAGUAUUUGAACUAUGGUGCUGCUGUUAGUGAGGUAGAGAUAGACAUACUGACUGGAGAAACUAAAAUUAUGCAAUCAGAUAUCAUGUAUGAUUGUGGACAGAGCAUGAAUCCUGCAGUGGAUUUGGGACAGAUUGAAGGAGCUUUUGUUCAAGGGAUUGGGUUCUUCAUGCUCGAAGAGUACCUUACAGAUGCAGAUGGAUUGACAAUUUCAGACAGCACAUGGACAUACAAGAUCCCAACAAUUGACACCAUUCCAAAGCAGCUCAAUGUUGAAGUUUGGAACAGUGGACAUAACAAAAAACGUGUUCUAUCAUCUAAAGCCUCUGGCGAACCACCACUGCUUCUGGCGGUUUCAGUACACUGUGCAACAAGAGCUGCGAUUAAAGAAGCCAGAAAGCAGCUAAAAUCUUGGAGCAGAAUUGAUGGACCUGAUUCAGCAUUCCAGUUGGAUGUCCCAGCUAUCAUGCCUGUUGUGAAGAACCUCUGUGGCUUGGACAUUGUAGAGAGGUACUUGGAGAGUUUGCUCACCGAUUAAUAAAAUGCCAUAAGCGGUCAAUCUUGCUUUUGUCUGUAAAAAACUGUAAAUAUUGUAAUAAUUAGUUAGUGUCUGUAAUAAUCACAGUUUUUAG